UUGUGUGUGCGCGUCGCGAUCUGCGUUUUACUACCGGUUAAAAAAUAAAAGACAUAAAAGUUGCGGUGUGGGGCGUCAAGUUUGGAUAGAAAUUUCAUGGUCGGUCCAUGAAAGCGUCGUCGUUGCACUUCGCAGUUGCAGGGAGGACUGGCGGCCAUGAUUUCCUGGCCAAAGUCCCUGAAGUCUGAACUUGGCUGCGUAUCGCGUCGAGCCGAGUCGAGUCGUCAGUCAGUCGGUCAGAUCGUUUCGAUUAUUACCACCGACUACGGGCUUCAAGAACAAGAGACAAGAUAGUAAACGUCUACGAGCGUCAAGACGGCGAAGCAUCGUGUGCGAGAGGCCGUUGCGUCUCCACAACGAGGAAUCGGCGCCGAAAAAUACAAAAAAACUUCCAGUAAACUUAACUCUCGUCAUUGUCCGUUGAUAUUUAGUGCGCGCUUUACGGUGACAGCGCGCGUUUCAUAUCAACACGUUGAAAUAUAAAUGAUGGCGAAUUUGAGGCAGACACCGUUAACCUGUAGCGGGCAUACGAGACCCGUCGUUCAUCUAGCCUUUUCCGAUGUUACGGAGUCCGGCUACUACCUAAUUUCGGCGUGCAAAGAUGGAAAGCCGAUGCUGCGGCAGGGCGACACUGGGGAUUGGAUCGGCACGUUUGAGGGGCACAAAGGGGCAGUGUGGGGUGUCGCUUUGAACCCACAGGCCACCAGAGCAGCUACAGGCGCUGCGGACUUCAAUGCCAAGGUGUGGGACGCGAUAAAGGGUGAAGAAAUUCACUCCUUUCAGCACAAGCAUAUAGUCAAGUCUGUCAACUUCAGUUCUGACUCAAAUUACCUGUGUACUGGUUCCAAUGAAAAGCUAGUCAAGAUCUACGAUCUAAACAAGCCGGAAGCAACGCCGCAAAUAUUUUCCGGUCACACUAGUGGCAUAAGGCAUGUAACUUUUUUCAAAAAUGAUACCGCUUUGGUUACCUGUGCCGAUGACAAAAGCCUGCGUUUGUGGGACAGAAACAGCGGACAAGAAGUGAAAAGACUCGAUUUUCCAGCUACACCCAGCUCGAUGGAAGUCUCCAGAGAUGGCAACAUCAUUACGACAACUCAUUCUAACGUCGUCACGUUUUGGGAUAGCAAAGAGUUGACCAAGAUCCGAGAGUUUAUUGUUCCUACUCAAGUGAACAGCGCAAGUUUACAUCCAGACUGCAGCAUAUUUGUAUGCGGAGGAGAAGAUCUGAAAAUGUACAAAUUCGAUUACAGCACUGGAGCAGAAAUCGAAUCUUUCAAGGGACAUUUUGGGCCUGUUCACUGCGUUCGGUUUUCUCCGGAUGGUGAAUUAUACGCGAGCGGAUCUGAGGAUGGGACGCUGAGGCUUUGGCAAACUACCGUUGGAAAAACCUACGGCCUAUGGCGUUGUAUCGAACAAACUCCAAUGAUUCCAGAAAAUGCUGUACUCAAUAACAAGCAAGAGGUCUCGGCAAGCUAAACGCCAUAUCUCAAUUCAUACCUCAGAUGAUAGUCUUGACCGUUAGAUUAUUCCAGGAUGGAUUUUGACGCGGGGAUAAACGUCUGGGAACAAUAAAAAUUCCAAAUUCCGUGAUAACAGACGCGCGAAAUCCUUCAAAAUAAAUUUUAGAAGAAAACCAAAUUAUAUAUCUAAUUAAUUUGAAGGUUGGUGUCUUCGGAAUUGAAAAUUUGCUCGUUAUCAUCAAGCAUAAAAGUGUGAAAUAGGAGAGUAUGAAAAAUGAACGUUGAGAAACUUGUAUUUGUUGGAAUAAGUUUCAUAAUAUUCCAAAGCUCUUGGUUGCGUUUAAAUAUGUUCUCAAGAUUUACACUUAUCGCGAUUUUAAAAGUUUAUUGAACAACCGUCAAGCUUCUUUUCAAAUUUUACUCAUCUCGAUAUCGUUUCUAUUAAAACGGCUUUUCCUAAAGAGCUGAGCGGAAAAGCGAUUAAGAAGCAAAAGUGACCUUACGUUAAUUCGUAUCAUAUCGGUGACUCUGUAUGAGAAGCUUUUGAACUACGAGUUUGUAUUUAUUAAUUUUUUUCACUCGAAUGAGACAUGCAGUAUAGUUAUAAUGCCAUAUAAACUAUAUUGUACACCUUUUUUUUCAAAAGCA